ACACUCCGCUGAUUUUAUGUAAAAGGCGAUACUACAACUAAUUUUUCAAGUGAUCGGUAAAGAUUAGGUAAUAGUAACUACAAGCUACGUCUGAUUAACGAAAUGUAAUAGUUCAUUUUAAGUAUCGCAGCAUCGUACUUUACGUUGCUAAAACAGUGUAUAGAAGCCAUUCCAUAAUACAUGUUAAUUCUAUAACGGUGUACAUCGUGUAUAGACGUAGGUAGAUACAGCAAUUCGUUGCUGUACAUUAUUUGAAUUUUCAAUGAAUAAAUAACAGUAUCAAUUAUCUAUUGACCCAUAUGUGUUUGUAUAUGCAUUCGUAUCCCACAAUUAGCAAUAAAAAUAUUCACAGAUUUUUCACUAUUACCAAAUUAAUGAACUCUUUCAAAAUCAAAUCUUCUUUUCUUAAAACAACACACAAGACGUCAACGUUUUCCGUCAGACUGCAUACAUAUAUUAAUCUUCUACUUCCCCGUCGCCACAUCCAACUGCCACCCACCACUCAGCCCCACGGUAAGUUUUAAAUCAUGCAUAACUGGUUGAUCGCAUGCAUUACGCAAAAUAUAAGGCGUACGAAUGAGGAUAGAGGACGAUUGGGAGAUCAAAGGCACGAUAUAUCGAUGCAAUUGCUUUCGAAACUUUUCGAUAAUUAAUAGACCGACUCCCCUAUAAAUUCCGAAUCGGUGUGUCUGAUCGUUUGAAAUCCAAUAUGAGCUCGAAAUAUCAUAAAGACGUUUCUUUCAGUGUAGCAGUUUUCUAUCUAAAGAUCGUCGGCUUGUGGUUAAGCACUAGCCUCGUUGAGAAAUGGUUCAGAAAUGCCUUAGUGACGUAUACUGUUCUCGCAAUUAUCUUUAAUAUGUGGAUGCAAUUGAGGGGCCUUUAUUUCUCUUGGGGAGAUUUCAGUGUCAGCACUUAUAUCGCGUGCAAUAGUUUGGGACUAUUCAUGGAUCUAUUUAAAUUGUUAAUUAUAUUUAUACAUAAGAAAAAAUUUCUUUAUUUAGUCUUGUAUAUGCAGAAGAAUUUCUGGCAUUUCAACUACAAUCAAUAUGAAAAAUCGGUCCUAGCAGAUGCGAAACGAAUGUGCAUCUACUUCGUCUGCGUUUUCUCAUUUCUCUCUCAAUCUACUAUCUUUAGUUACAUCUUCAGGCCACUAAUAUCAAAUAUUGGGAAGAACGCGUCAGAUAGGGUACCUAUAUUCCAUAUGUACUUGGACCUACCAUUGAAUGUCUCGCCAUAUUAUGAAAUAACGUACUUGAUACAGGCUUUGACUUUGUAUCAGGUUGGCGUAUGUUAUCUUUGCGUCGACAACAUAUUUUGUAUUAUGUGCUUACAUGUAGCUAGUCAGUUUCGCAUAUUACAAUACAGAAUAGCCAAUGUGCUAAGCCUGAAAGACAAUGUUAAAUUUGAUCAAGAUACAAACCUGGAUUCUUCGGCUGAAUUUUACGCCAUAUUUAAAAAAUGCAUUCAACAGCAUCAAGCUCUCAUUGAAUUCUGUACCACGCUCGAAGAGAUAUUUACGAUAAUUAUACUGGGACAAGUGUUAACGUUUAGCAUAUUGAUUUGUUUCGUCGGAUAUCAAGCGCUUCUGGUGAAGCUGUCACUUUCAUGGCGCAUUUCUCUUGUAUCUUUCUUAACGACUAACAUAUGUCAGCUAUGGAUCUUCACGUACAGUUGUAAUGCCCUAGUACAAGAAAGCGUGAACACUGCUAAUGCUGCGUACGCUACACCAUGGAUAUAUUUACCAAUGGACAAGUUUGGAGAAAUGGCACGAAAGGAUUUGCAACUCGUACUCAUGAGGUCGAGGCGAGCCUGUUAUCUCACCGCCUGUGGCUUCUUUCCUAUAUCCCUGGAAACUUUUACCAAGAUUAUGAGCUCCGCAAUGUCAUAUUUCACUAUACUAAAACAGGGAACCGUGGAUACAGUAGAAUAAUUCCUCCAGUUUUCAUUUUAUAGGCGUACACGUUUAAGUAAUGUUGAAAAUGAAAAAUUUGUUCGUUUUGAUUUAAAAAUGUUAUUAUCACAAAUUUAUGAGAUUUAUAAAAUAUUAAAAUAAAUGGUUAGAAGAAAUUUGAUUAUAUAAAAUACGUAAAUUAUAAUACGUCCACAGGAUUUGUAACAAGAUAGUAAUAAAGUUAAAUAGAAAGAACAAGUAUGAGUAAUUUUAAUAAACCGUGGAAAUUUUCGAAUCACCGAAAUUCUCUGUAAUCUUGGAAUUUCAAAUUGAACAACAGUACUAUAGAUUACAAUAGAUUAUUCAUCGCGAAUUAUACAACGAUUGAUUCUACUCCUUAUAUUCGAUAUAAUUGUGAACGUGUUUAUAAGUUAAAUUUAGUUCGCUAUAUUGUCAUCGGCACGUAUGUAAUUUGAUACAGUGCCAAACUUGAAGCAGAAGAACAUCGUACGAACAAAACCAUUAUCUUCUUUAAAAUAAAAAAAUUAAUUUUAGACCAAAUCACGACGUUGCACAACUCACAAUUUCAUCUGGUGGAAUUAUAAUAUUUAGGCAAUAUUAAACAAAGUUUACAAUUUAAUAUGACAUAUUUUUAUGUGCAGAGUUAUGAAUAAGUACAUCUUAUUCAAUAUAUGUUACUAAUAAACAUCAUUUUAUUCUUUUUACAAGUAUACAAAAUGCAAAGAACGCAAUAAUACUUGAUAUAUAUAUAUAUAUAUAUAUAUAUCUAAGAUAUAUAUAUAUAUAUAUAUAUAUAUAUAUAUCUUAGAAUUAUUCUCUAAUUCGAUGAGUUAUAUAAAAUCGCUUUUCGUUCAAAAUUGCUUAAAAUCUUUGAAAAACUUUGGAGGAAGAAGAUUUAUAAUGCUUAACAAACAAAUGAUAUUGCAAAUUUCUAUUAUUUUUACCUAUUCCUGCUGUUGAUAUUUGUGACGGAUCAAAAUUAGGAAGAUCAUUGUAAAGUUUUAAAGUAAUUUUAUUAUAUGAACAAUAAUAUGGAGAGUCAAAGCCUCGUUUUUCGGCAGAAGGGCUGUUUCCACUUCCAAGAACCUAAUGCUAUUUCUCACGAUCUUUGCAACUUGCAUCCUUAAAAGGAUUUCCUUUGAAAAGCUAUAUCGUCAAGAAACAAUGAAAA